ACUGGCAUUACAAGACAAGCCAUCUGUCGGAGAAUGUGCGACAAUGUACGAUAAGAGAUUAGUUUAGUUCCGUAAGUUGAUCCCGAAAUUUUAAUUUUUAAAGUAAUUACAAAUUAUUGCUUGUGUGUUGGAAAUUGUUUGUGUAAUUAGUGGCCUUAGAUUAUUUCUUUAUCAAUCAAACUAGAAUAACGCGAAAUGUCUUAAAAGGGAUUGAUAGAAAAGAUAGUAAACAAUUUAAAAUGAGUUCUCUUCAGCAGACAAAUAGAUAUAGAAGCUACAUACCUACCAGUGCAGGUGCUUUCCCACAAAGUUUGAGUGGUAGUGAAACAGAUGUAUCAACGUCGAAUGAAAACCUUUCAAAUGAAGAAAAGUUUGUCAUUCGACACAUUCCCCGACAAGAACCUCAAGGCCAGGAAAAUCUUCAGUCUUCCAAUCGAAGCUCAUUAAAAGAAAGUCUACCGAGCAAUCGUAGCUCACUCGAUGUGUCUUCCUCAUCUUAUAACACCCUUAUAAUUCAUAGUGCUGGGGACGAACCGUGGACCGGUCGUAACUCUGGUACUACAGACAUAAGUCCUCCAAGUUAUUUAGCUCAUCAGUCUGCUAGUUUUUACCAUGACCCAAAGCUCUCUCCUGUUCAAAAACGUAAUUCAGCGUCUCCGUCUCCGUCCCUGGGGAACAACACCAAAGAUCAUCUUCGUAACAGUCUGGAAGCAGCCAAUAGUAGACUGUAUGAUACAGGUGUCCAGGAAAUUACCGAUAUUCCCGACGAUUACUUGAACCAAUCAUCAGUACUCAAACAUUUGGCCAAAGAGGUCAAGGUACCAUCACCUGGUAACAGCACCAAAAACUCUGAAACACCCGAAAGAGAGUAUAACAAUUUGCCUCCUCCUCCUGACUAUUCGGCUUGGGUGGAGAAGUCAGGUUCGAACAAGUCGUCGAACGCGAGAGGCAAAUUGAAUUUGGAAAAGUUAAAUUUAUCAAAGUCACAACCAGAUUUAUCUAAAUUAGGAGUAAUCGCCGCCGAAAGAGAUCUAGCCAAUCUAAAGAGGGGUGUUUCUGUACCACGGCCGAAGACUAAGGGCAGAGAAGAAUCCGAUAAAUCGACUACAGAAUUCGGGCCUACGUCAGAAAUGAUCGACGUCCUAAUCAAGGAAAACAGCACUCUCAAAGUUGAACUGGAAAACUGCUAUCAAAGGAUAUCAAAAACCCAAAAAUUGGAACAGGAAAUUCUGAAGGUACAUCGAGCUCACGAAGAAUUGGUUCAAUCAUGCGAAAGACGCGAACGCCUCGAGAGAGCUGCACGAAGCCGUCUCCAAGUAGACUGCCGUCGUUUGCAGGAAUUCAAUCGGGCUCUUCGCGAACAGGUCGACUUACUUAGUACCCAGCUAUUGUCCCGCUCCCCCGCUCCUGAUUCUACAGGCCCAGACAGCCUACGAAGAGAACUUAGCAAGAGAGAGGUCUUGAUCGCUCAGCUGAUUACACAAAAUAAGGAGUUGGUGGCUGCAAAGGAACGUCAAGAAAUAGAGUUGGCGGCUCAGAGGGCCACACUUCAGGAGCAGAGGACGCACAUUGACAUUCUGGACACGGCUUUGACGAACGCUCAAGGUAACGUUGUCCGACUAGAAGAAGAGAAUCGCAAAAAACAGGUAUACGUCGAACGGGUGGCGCAGUUACAAAAGGCACUUUCGUCAUUACAAUUGGCAAGUGACAGACGUGAGCAAACCGAGCGAAAAUUACGUUUGCAACUGGAACGUGAACUUCAGCGGCAGAGGGGCGCGAGCGCGGGCGCUGGCGCAGGUGAUGAGAGUGCUGUUGGUGGACGAGGAGGAUGGGAUUCGCCUAGCGGAUCAGGCGCUGAUAGCGCGGCCGAAUUGAAACGGCGUUUACGUGAAAAAGAAGAAACAAUUAUGAGAUUGGAAGGCGAAUGCUCCAAGUGGGAGCAGAGGUACUUAGAGGAAAGUGCACUCAGACAAGCGGCAAUUGACGCAGCUAGUAUACCCAAGGAUGCAAAAAUUGCAGCUUUAGAGAAAACUAGUCAAGAGACUGAAAAAAUAAUAGCGGAAGCUCGAAAUGAAAAAAUUCGACACAUGGACGAGGUUCACGCUGCACAGAAGAAAGUAGCAGAUUUGGAAUCAAGAGUUAAAGAUUUGGAAUCAAAACUUGCGGAACGAGAUGCAAUGAUCAAAGUUCUUCAGAAACAUACAUAUGACAAAGAUGUUUCCAGUAUGCUAGGGAGGUCGCCCCAUCACACGCCACAUCCCAGCCUUGGAACGCCCGAUAUUGAUCACGUACUGGGUACUUCUGUGUCACGGGAAGAGCUGGUAAGUAGUGUGUUGACGAGUUCGACAGGUUUCGGCUCGAGUAACUCCUACACCGGCAGUGACUCGUCAUAUCACGUACCAUCGUAUACCAAAUUCGAGUCGAACAAGAGUUUCGACACGUCCAAACACUUGGACAGUCAGCUGAAGGAAAUCGACAGUCAGCUAGACUCUCAACUGCUUAGUAAGCGGGGUCUUUGCUGUUUUCCAGGAUUCAAUAAUCCAGUCACUGCGCAGAGAAAAGGAAAAAUUCCCAAGCCACUACUGGCGAGUGUGAGUUCGAAUGGCAGUGGCCUGUUCGAUUCGGGCACGUUCCUCUUGCAGCCAUCCCCUCGACACGAGGCGGGCGACAUGUUACUACUCGAAAAACAGGGCCGUACGUCACAACAACAGCGCAUGCAGGACUCGCCAGAGGUGCCCACAACACCUACACAGAACAGUGCCACUGCCCACACUCCCGAUAAUUUACCACCUAGCUCGUUGCCUAGACCUCCCAGACCUUCUUCCCACCGUACAGGAUUACCAAGACGAGUGGGAGAUUAUAAUCGCCUUCCAGAUUCCGAAAUGGUUCGUAAGAAGUCAGAUGGAGGAGACUCUUUGAGUUCCAAUACCAGUAGUAGACGUGCCUCACCCGCCCGUUCGCUUAUACCCCCACCUAGGAAAUUGGGGGAGUACGGAAGAUUAUCCGAGAGUGGGGGUUCCAGUUCUUCACUGAGGAAAGUUCCCCCGAGGCCUCGUGCAGGAUCUGCUGGUGAAAGAGAUUCUGCUUCGACUUUGAGUGACAAUUCUGCUAGUUCCCUUCCUACACCAUCAAAAAUAAGGCUGUUCGGUGGAACCCCGGUUAGAAGAGGGGCUUCGUUGGGAAGGGACAGUAAGUCUUCUACCGAUUCGACUUCAAGUAAAUAUCGUAUUCAAUUUUAAUUAAUGAAAAAGGGGACUCUUAUUCCAUGAAUAAUUCCAACAUGCUUUAAGAAGUAUUUCAUUAGUUUUCGUUAUUUCAUUUCAGUGGGAUUUUUGAAAUUCAUUUUUAAAAACUAAAUUUUUUUUCGUAAUUAUAGAAACGAUUUUAUUUUUGUCUUCCUUUAGAACAAAACAAGUCGAUAGAAAUUAAUUAAGCAUUCAAAAUCAUAUUCUUUGUGCCUUACAUAAGCUAGGAAGCAAGUGCCUUUUUUAUAUACAAACAUACAUAAAACGUACAACCAGCUUUAUACUUUUAUAAAUAAAUCUACAUCAUACUAUACAAAAGUAGGUAUAGAUUUUUUCGAUCGAUCAUUCGAUAAACGUUUAUAUUCGUACAUUAAAAAGAAAAAAGAAAAACGAGAGAAAUAUACUGGAUGUUUCAUUUUCACAUUUGAAAUCAUUACUAUUUGAUGACUUUACGAGACAAUCUUUUCAAUCAUUAUUGUUUAAUAGUUUGCCACUCUAGUCUUUGUACAUUUGUAUGUUAUCGUUAUUACAAUAUACUCGUUUUAAAAUAA